UUUAUAGUAAAAGCGUAUGUAGAUUUACCAUUAGUCAUUUCAUUUUAAACAUGCAGAAUGCUAUUCAUGUUCAGAAUUUGGAUCCUGACGUUGAUGUUGCUCAAAUGUGUGAUAUUUUUAGAAGAUAUGGAAAAAUUUUAUGUGCAAGUAUAGAAAUUGAUAAAAAUGAUCCUUCUGUAUGUGAAGGCUACAUACAGUUUCAGGAUCAAGUUAGUGCUUAUAGGAGCGCACGUGAAAUGAACGGUGUAGAAAUUAGAUUGAGAAGGCCAUUAAUAGUAAAAAAGUAUGCGAUGCAAAACGUAGCAAAUGAGGCAUUUACGAAAGUUUUCGUAAAAAAUUUCAAUUCACAGUGGGAUGACUGUGAUCUUUUUAAAACAUUUACACCUUUUGGAAAUAUUUUAAAAGUGCAUAUUUUAGGAAAAAAAGAUAAAUCUAGAUAUGGAUAUGUGAAAUAUGAGUUGCAUUCUAGUGCUAAGAUUGCAGUUGCUGAAAUGAAUGAUAAAGUUAUCGAUGGUAAAAAGAUCACUGUUGAACCUUUUUUGGAAAAAGAAGUAAGAGAACAUUUGGUUAAAAAUUCAUUAGAAUAUGCUGAAAAAGCAUUAGAGAAAUCUACUCAGCGAAACAAUUUACAUGUAAGAAAUUUACCAAAAGAUAUGUCUGAUGAGCAGCUAAAAGAUUUAUUUAAGAGAUUUGGAGAAAUAGUCAGUGUUAAAAUUGUUAGAGAUGAACAUUUUAAAAGCAAAGGUUUUGGAUUUGUUGCUUUUAAAACAGAAGCAGCAGCAGCACAGGCUCUUAAGCGAUUAAAUAAUUUUCCAUAUGAAUCCAAAAUACUGGAGAUCAGUUACAAGCAGGAUAAAGAUGCAAGAGAAAACUUUCUUCGUCUUAAGUUUUCAGAAAGUAAGAAUGAUGUUAAAGAAAAUAAUUAUAAAAAAGAACAAAGAUAUGCAUCUACUGGUGCACUUCAGUUUAUUCCUUUCAGCAUCUAUUCCCACACUGCCAAAAAACAUAAAUAAUCUGGCAAUUGUGAUAUUAUUUUUUGUAACUAUUAUUCUUUUAUUAUGUAAACAAAUUGAUUGUAUGUACAUCAAAUCUCGCUUUUAUUUUUUUACAUUAUAUUUUUUAAGUGCUUAAUUUAAAUCGUCUUGUAAUUUCUAAAUUUAUGACUUGAAAACUGGCAGAUUUGACAGGGAUUUAAAGAAUUAUGAGUAUGUUCAUAUAAACUAUAUCAUAAUUUUAGUAAACAAACUGUUAAACAAAUUUAUAACCAAAAAAAUGAAUUUUUAUUAUAUGUAAUGGUUCAUAAAUAUCUUUACACUUUGUUUAAAACUAAUUUAAGUACUUCCUGAUUAUUUGCAUCAUUGGCAAAAAAUCACUAAAAAAUAGUCAUGAGGCAAAGCACUAAGUCACCAAAAUAGUUAUAUGAUAACCCAUAUAUAUGUGCAGACAUAUGUCUGUUUUUGCCAGAAAUGCAAUGAUGAAUUCCAUGGAUGCCAAGUUUGUUCAAUUUUCUGAUGUUUAAGCAAAAACAUAUCACUGUAUACACAGAGUCAUAGCUAGGGUUUUCAGCGCUCAGGGGCAACUGAAGAUUUCACACCCCCUACUGCUUGCCAAGGAUGGAAAACAUUUAUUUAAUUCUAAAAUGUCAUAACAUCAAUUUGGCACCCCUUGGAUUCUGCGCCCUUGCCCCCCUCUAGCUACGCCCCUGUGUAUACAUGACUGCAAAAAGGAAGGAUUUCUCAAAAAAAAAAAGGGGGGGGUUAUUGUUGAUUUUUUUUUUUUUUUUUUAAUUUUAUUGAUUGGUGCUCUUGUAUGGUACUCUUAUUGUGCUGCCAUUUUGAAAAUAGCUGUUGCCUUUCAUGCAUUAGCUUGGUGAAAAAAAUGUCUCCAACGAGUUCACAUAUGCUGUCCAAAGUCACCAACAAGUUUGUAACUUUUUGGUGAAGGAUACAGAUAAUCAGAAAAUACUCUAAUUUGAAUAUGGUGGUAAUAAUAAGCGCAAGCAACAGAUUCAACAUCUAGAAAAAAUUAAUAAAAAAGGAAGCUACAUUAAGUACAUUAAAUAUUCGGUACUAUUCCGUUUUGAGGACCGUAAAAAAUUGCCAAACCAUUAUUGAUGCCGCCAAAAAUAAUUGCGGCAACCCUAACGCAAGAAAGGAAGUAUUAUAGGAAAUAACUAUCUA